GUGCUCUUAUCUUUAGUGUACAUUCAGUGGCUGUGCCAUAACCACACCCUUUUUUUGCAGCUGACAUAAUGCGAAAGCGGUGUAAUACUUAUCAAAUGAUUGCAUGUGGGGAUAUGAAUUGUGACCUUUUUUAAUGGAUUGCAGGCUUAUAAACAGUUUGGAGUUUCCUAUUGGAGUGGGAUCAAUCAGGAGUCUUCCACCUUCUGCUCUGCUUUUCUUAUAAUGGACUGUUUUGUUCUUUGAACUGUUGGUUGCUGCUUCCUUGGAGAUAUAAAUAUAUAUAUUAGUAGGAAAAGGAACAUUUUUAAAAAAUAAAGCAAGAAAUAAAUGACAUGGAAUGAAAUGAAUACAUGCUACGUGGAACAGAACCCUAGCGCAUUUGUUUUAAACCCAUUGGAGUCAGUUAAUAGGUGACUAGUAAAUUAUGGAGGUAAAUAAAUAAUUGCAUGAAAACAGCUUUGGGUGGUGAUGGAAGGAACUUUACUCCUUUCUUUGCCCGCUUCACCACAGAGUUAGGCUCCCCCCCCCCCAAUUUCAAACGCAUAUUUGUGAGGUGAAAGGACUCAACUCUGAGCAAGAUGUGUGUGGCGCUAUGUCCUGAUUGAAGUGAGUGUAGAAGCCCUUGGGAGAUGUGGGAGCUAUGUUUGUACAUCAUAUCUCAUUACCUAUGAGGACCUCCUGGAUUAGGGAUUGUGUAUAUAUGAGAAUAACUUCAGCACUAAACCGAGCUGCCAUUUGUGCCGUGUGUGUGUGUGUGUGUGUGUGUGUGUGUGUGUGUGUAUCUCUAUCUCUAUCGAUCUCAGACCCUCCAAGUGCCCCUAUUUUCCAGCGACAGUCCUGGAUUUACAGAAGCCAACCCUGAUUUCUGAUUCGAUCCCGGGAUGUCCCACUAUUCCUUAGGACAUACCUAUUUUCAUUGAGGAAAUUUUGGAGGGUGUGGAGUUUACGACCCCCACACAAAGGAGAUAAGUAACUAUACAACCAUUAGAAGACAUCUGAAGGCAUCCCUGUAUAGGGAAGUUUUUUAAUGUUUGAUGUUUUAUUAUGUUUUUAUAUAUUUUGGCAACCCGGUCAGAUGGGCAGGGUAUAACAACAACAACAACAACAACAUAAAUAAAUAAAUAAAUAAAUAAAUAAAUAAAGUAAUAGGAUGUCCCUAUUUUCAUCGGAGAAAUGUUGGAGAGUAUACUCUAUCUAAUCUAUCUAUCUAUCUAUAUAUAUAUCUCUAUUAGAUAUGAUAUGUCCUGUAGCCCAAAAUGCUGGAUUCCCAGAGAUGCUCCAGACGAUGUGCCUGUUCUUUUUAGUAUAAUUUUUGUGUAGCGAGUAAUCAUGCUGACUGUUCUUGUUGUCAUCAUUGGCAGAGUCCAGUUUUCCUAGUAUAGAUUAAAAUACUUGACCUCAUCGAUAUUUAUCAUUUUAAGCUACUCCUUGUAAUUGGGCUGCUUCCCGCCCCUGUAUGGGAAAACAAGGGCUUGGAAAGCAGAAACAGAGAUGCCCAGGGAUAUGGUUUUGACUUAACACCCACAUGAUUUUCCACAACUCUUGCUCCAAGGCUUUCUUUUAUAAAAGCAGGUUGUUCUGUUUACUUCUGCAAUAAGACUGUUUGGUUUCAUUGGCCCUGUUUCUAAUUCGCACUGGAAGAGCAUUGUCAGACUCUGUCUCAGCUAUAGUUCCUACCUUCCCCCUCCACCCCCCCCCCCGGCAUUUAUCAAAACCGCCAUGUGUAGCAGAGCCGAAUUCGGGCAUUGUUUAAUGUUGAGUCUGUCUGUUCUUCUGGAGCGCUUUGGCUCCUAACAAAGCAGAGCUCUAUCCCAUGUUGGCAAUCUGAGCUAGUAAUAUUGCUAGCUUUCUCCCUGGGUGCUUGCCAGCGUGGGGCAGCGUUUCUGGACGGUGUUUUAAGUCAGAUCAGUACUACAGCUCUUCACAAACACCCCUGCGCGCCAGAUCUCAGCUGCCUUCUCAGCCUCCUAAAAGCCGAAAAAGGAAGAUUGUUGCUUGCUCCUGUCUGCUGCUUGAAGUGUGUGUGUGUGUGUGUGUGUGUGUGUGUGUGUGUGUGUAAUAGUUUCUUCCUCCCACCCCCACCCCGCAAACCGCCUCUCCUGGAAAACGCUGUGUAUAGCUGGAGUGGGUUAUUAUAGUUCGUUUACAGUGGCAAUAUGAUAUCUGUGUCUACCACUCCAGCAAAAAAAAAACAACUUGCUACUUAAAUCGCUUUUUCAGCAUAAGGGGAGAAAGAUAUAGUUCCUAGCCAUUCUUUAAUAUGUGCGUUAGACGAACGACACUCGGAGGCUCCAGCCAGCUUUGAACAAAUGCAAUCUCCUCUGGCCAUUUUUUGUGACUCCCCGAUCAGCCUGAGGACUUCAAUGCAAUAUCAACCAAGUACUGGUGGGGGGGGUCUUGGUAGGUGCUGCUGGUAGCCUGCGUCUCGCUUCUCCCCCCCCCUCCUGUUGUUGGUUUUUUGGUCUCUGGUUUAGUACAAAAGGGUUCUGUGAAUAUGAUGUACUUUUAGAUUUAUAGCAGAGCUUGAGUGUGUUUGCUGCCUCGGUCAGCUGUGAGAGCUCUCCCGCUGGGGCCGCUCCUUUCUGAUGGAAAAGGAGCAGCUGUGAAGGUGCUGUUUCAGGCUCUUGCUGGUAUUAAAGGAGGGGGGAAAAAAAUAGCUGCUUGCAUUGGAGAGGGGGAAAUGGGUCAUGUGAUGCCAGGCACCCUACCCUAUGUCACAGUGUGGAGGAGCGCUGAUUGCUCUUAUCCAAUCAUGCCUGGAAUGUUGCUUGCCACUUGGGCUAUUUCUGCUAUCUGUCGCUAUCAGUGCAGCACUGCUAACAGUUUGGCAGAUGGGAUACUUUUCCUCGGAGUUUAUGUCUUCAGUUCUUAACUUCUGGCAGUGCCUGGACUCGUUGCCGUGUCUCCCCCCCUCUCCUCUCUCCCGAAACGAUGGCCCAUCGGCUGCGGUUUCAUUUUGGCUCCGGGCGAAGCAACACAGCUCCCGAGUCGGAGAUUUUGCACCACGAGAGAGAAGAUGAUGAUGAUGACUUUUUCAUGUCAUUCCACACUUUGCCGAGAAGGAACGGGCCUCACCCUUUCUCCAGGCGCAGAAUGGAUUACGGCGACGGCAGCAGCAGCAGCAGGGAUCUGCGGGAAGCCAGUUCCUUGAAAAGGAGCACGUCCAUGUUUAUCCCCCAGCUUCUAAACAACAUCGAUGCGCGCCCGACGAGGAGCUCGUCCAUGCAGAUCUCCCUCCAGCGUAAGGCAGUAAAUGGACAUGCUGAUGAGUGUGGGGGCCCGGAGUCCCCCCUGGAGGAGACAGGUAACUUUUCAGAUCUAGGGGAGCCUUAUGGAUCUCUGGUUGGAAGCGAUUCUUCUCCAAGUAGUCCGCAGGUGACUCCAGAUAACUCUCCACCGAGGCAGACGGAGAACAUGGGGCACGAGAUUAACGGGGGGUCCUCUAAUCAUACAAUAUUUUGUACAAUACCUUCCAAUAACUGGAAUGAUGGCAGUGCAGCCACGGCUCAAGACGGCGAAACGAACCCUGCAUCAGGGUUAAACAUCAGCGGGGUGAGGAUUCAGCACCGAGCUUCAAGUGUGGACGUUCCUCAUGUUACGCUGAUGCCCUUUGGCUCCGAGGCUCAGGAGGCCUCUUCUCCCUCUGAACCCAGGCGCUGGUCUUUGCAGCACCUGCCCGACGGGUCCUCCAGUUCGGGGAAGAAAUUGUUUGUUUUCCAGUUGCAGCAGUCUCAAUCGAACAAUACAGAGGCAGGAGCAGGUUACAAUUUUGGUUUCACCGGAACAAAAGGGGAUAGGUUGGUCAGGUACCCACGGAUACGGCUGGAAAGGAGUACCUCGUACCCAGUUCAGCCCCAUCCGGCCCGAGUCAGCCCCACGGAGGACGACGGCGUGAAUCCGGCACUUCGUGGAAAUUGCAGGAACGGCUCUGAUAUAUCUCGAAGCAGUUCAGUGGAGCGGGUUUCUCCAGGGCAAGGGUGCACCUUUAAAAUCCGCCCCGAUCAAAACUCCAGGCAGCAGCAUUUCAGAAUCCUUGUGACUCGUGGGACUAAAGAGAGAGGCCAAGGUUCUGGAGAGGAAAAUCUUAAUGCUGCUGGUUCUGUGGCAGCCAACUCCUCAACCAGAGACGACUUCCUGGGUCAAGUGGAUGUGCCACUUAACCAUCUUCCAACUGAAGACCCAACCAUGGAAAGGCCGUAUACUUUUAAAGAUUUCCUCCUCAGGCCAAGAAGUCACAAAUCUCGAGUAAAGGGAUUUCUGAGGCUGAAGAUGGCAUAUAUGCCAAAAAACGGAGGGCAAGAAGAGGAUGGUGAUCAGAGGGAGGAUUCUGAGCAUGGCUGGGAAGUGGUGGACUCCAAUGAUUCUCCGUCUCAACGCCAAGAGGAGUUACCGCCACCUCCCUUACCGCCUGGAUGGGAAGAAAAAGUGGACAACCUUGGACGUACCUACUACGUCAACCAUAAUAACAGGACAACACAGUGGCACCGGCCAAGUUUAAUGGAUGUGGGAUCCGAAUCCGACAACAACAUCCGGCAAAUAAACCAAGAGGCGGCUCACCGGAGGUUUCGAUCCAGGAGGCACAUUAGCGAGGAUUUGGAUCCAGAAGUACCGCCCUUGGAGGGUGGAGAGCCACCUGAGCCCUGGGAAACCAUUUCAGAAGAGGUUAAUGCAAGCAGCGAUUCCAUAAGCCUGUCCUUGCCACCCCCGCCUUCAUCGCCCAUCUCUCGGACCAGUCCUCAGGAGCUGUCCGAUGAACUGAACAGAAGACUUCAGAUCACUCCAGAUUCAAAUGGGGAACAACUCUCUUCUAUGAUUCAGAGAGAUCCUUCUGCAAGGUUAAGAUCUUGCAGUGUGACUGAUGCAGUUGCUGAGCAAUCCCAUUUAUCACUGCCGAGCGUCCCAUCUAGGAGAGUUCGUUCUUCAACUGUCACGGGAGGUGAAGAUUCAACGCCAUCAGUGGCCUAUGUACAUACGACACCGGGCUUACCUUCGGGCUGGGAAGAGAGGAAAGAUGCUAAGGGUCGCACUUACUAUGUCAAUCAUAACAAUCGAACCACAACUUGGACUCGUCCUAUCAUGCAGCUUGCUGAGGAUGGUGCGACUGGGUCAACAUCAAACAGUAACAACCAUCUAAGUGAGCCUCAGAUCAGACGGCCUCGUAGCCUCAGUACUCCCACAGUAACAUUAUCUGCACCACUUGAGGGACUGAUCAAGGACUCUCCUGCGCGAAGAGCUGUGAAGGACACCCUUUCCAACCCGCAAUCUCCACAGCCUUCUCCCUACAAUUCUCCCAAACCACAGCAUAAGUUGACGCAAAGCUUCUUACCUCCUGGCUGGGAGAUGCGAAUAGCACCCAAUGGCAGACCUUUCUUUAUCGAUCAUAACACAAAGACCACCACAUGGGAAGAUCCGCGGCUGAAAUUCCCAGUACACCUGCGUUCAAAAGCUGCUUUAAACCCUAACGACUUAGGUCCCCUUCCUCCUGGUUGGGAGGAAAGGAUACAUUUGGAUGGAAGAACGUUUUAUAUAGAUCAUAAUAAUAAAAUUACCCAGUGGGAAGACCCCAGGCUACAGAAUCCUGCUAUUACUGGUCCAGCUGUUCCUUAUUCCAGAGAGUUUAAGCAAAAGUACGACUACUUCAGGAAGAAGUUAAAGAAACCAGCGGAUAUACCAAACAGAUUUGAGAUGAAACUCCACAGAAAUAACAUUUUCGAAGAAUCUUACAGAAGAAUCAUGUCAGUGAAGAGACCAGAUGUGUUAAAAGCCAGGCUCUGGAUAGAAUUUGAGUCAGAAAAGGGCCUUGAUUAUGGUGGUGUGGCCAGAGAAUGGUUCUUCCUGUUGUCCAAAGAAAUGUUCAAUCCUUAUUAUGGCCUCUUUGAAUAUUCUGCAACGGACAACUAUACUCUGCAGAUCAAUCCUAAUUCAGGUCUUUGUAAUGAAGACCAUUUGUCUUACUUCACCUUUAUUGGACGAGUGGCUGGGCUAGCAGUGUUUCAUGGGAAGCUUUUAGAUGGUUUUUUCAUUAGGCCCUUCUACAAGAUGAUGCUGGGAAAGCCAAUAACCCUGAAAGACAUGGAGUCCGUGGACAGUGAAUAUUACAACUCCUUGAAAUGGAUCCUGGAAAACGACCCCACAGAGCUGGAUCUCAUGUUUUGCAUAGAUGAAGAAAACUUUGGGCAGACAUAUCAAGUCGACUUGAAGCCGAAUGGAUCAGACAUCACGGUCACAAAUGAAAACAAAAGGGAAUACAUUGACUUAGUCAUCCAGUGGAGGUUUGUCAACAGGGUUCAGAAGCAAAUGAAUGCAUUUCUGGAGGGUUUCACAGAACUCCUGCCUACUGACCUGAUUAAGAUUUUUGAUGAAAAUGAGCUCGAGUUGCUAAUGUGUGGCCUUGGCGAUGUUGAUGUCAAUGACUGGAGACAGCACACCAUCUACAAGAACGGAUAUUGUCCAAACCAUCCUGUCAUACAGUGGUACUGGAAGGCUGUUCUGCUGAUGGACGCUGAGAAACGUAUCCGGCUAUUGCAAUUUGUAACUGGGACGUCAAGAGUGCCUAUGAAUGGAUUUGCUGAACUUUACGGUUCAAAUGGUCCUCAGCUGUUUACAAUAGAGCAAUGGGGAAGCCCUGAGAAGUUACCCAGAGCUCAUACAUGCUUUAAUCGCCUUGACUUACCUCCGUAUGACUCUUUUGAAGAAUUACGAGAAAAGCUUCUUAUGGCUGUUGAAAACGCUCAAGGAUUUGAAGGGGUGGAUUAAGACGGCGCCUGUUCCUUUAUUAUUACUACUGUUGUUAUUAUUAUUUUUGAAACAAAGAUUCUGUUCACGGAGCAAGUUCUGUGUGCUCCCUUCGAUUUGCCUGACAGACAUUCAGAAGACCCAGAGGCAGAACAAGUUGCACGGUGGUUGGUUCGUGGCGCAAACUCUUGUACAGUACAGACAACUAAAUUGGAAGUAACUUUCUCUCACCUGUGGAUAGUAUUUCUGAAAUUUCCAUGGCAAGUUACCAACUGGUUGAUGUGUACUCUUGACUACAUUUCAGCAGGACUUGUUCUAUUUAUGUUGUGCCUCUAGGCAAAAGCCCUUAAUAAAUGUUUUACAUACUUUCUAAUGACAAUGAAUGGAAUUAAUCCUUUUACAGGUAGAGUAUUACAGCUCAUGUUUACUUUCUAAAAAUGAUUGAAGACAUUUUCAAAUUUUAUUUCAAUACAAUUAAACAAAAAAAAGCAUAUACUGGAAAAAAAAUGAGCUUACUACUUUUCCUCACAAUUUGUCUAUAGACUUGAUGCCUGUGGCAUUUUGGUUCCGAAAGUACCUCUUUUCCACCUGUUAUUUUUGUUGUUCAGCCUCAUGUCCCCCGAUCUUUCGGAAUCCUAGGAGCUACGUUUUUUAUAAGGAAUUUUCUGCAAAUUGGAAGUAUUAUCAGAAUAUACCCAAUGCCUUUUAAUUACACGCAUUGAGCUUUCACAGACAACAGAGAGAAAACAGUGAUUCGGAUGUAAAGUAUUUUAUACAAAUCAACAGAAUAUUUACAAGAGGAUCGCAACACAGCAUGCCAAAUCUCUCAUUCAAUAAGGAAAUUGUUUCGUUAUUCCUUAAUAAUAAUGAUAUGUAUUAUAUAGCUCUUUUGGUGAUGGAGAUGGCAUUAUUGUCUUUGGGGUGGGGGGAUGCUUAAUCCUGCUGCUUACCUUUUGUACAGUGACUGUUUAAUGCUCUACUCUUUGCAAUGGAGGCAUUCUGACCUAAUCCUGCCACGGCUUGAUUUGGACAAAGGCUGUGAAGACCAGAUCCACACAAACUCCUGUCUCUAUACAUUUGCUAAUGCUCUCCAAACGAGGAUUUGUUUUUUUUCCCUUUAACUGCACCGAUUCUAGAAGCACUUUAUUGUACCACAUCGGAGCUCAUCUCUUUCUCCCUAUCUUUUUU